GCAACAUCGUGACACGUGAUGAACACACCCAUCGAGCGCCCGGCUCCAAGAGCCGCGCUUCCAGCCUUGUCUUGACGUCGGCGUUCCAUGGUUACUGCCACUACAGUCACCAAAAUACGUCCGCGGUACCUCAUGCUCCGCACUCCCAUUCUCCGCCAGGCAACCAAGCACUCCCACUCCACCAGAUUCAUCAUGGGCAAGAAAAAGAACAACCUCGCAUACAACGACUUCACAGAAGACACCCGAUACGUCAAGAACAACGACACCAACAUCCAAACCACACUCCACUCCGCAUCCCCACUAUCCCGCACAAUCUCGCACCCAUCACCACAGCACCCAAACAGCACACCGAACCCCCGCAACCCCAGGACCAAGCCAUUAACCCACUUCCUCGCCCUCCCCCUCGUCACUCCCACGAACCGCCCGCAUCUCGCCUCCGCCCUCGCAGACCUGAAAAAAGAUGUCCAGCAACUCACCCGCGUGCCCCCCGCCGCCGUCCGGCCUGUCGGCGCCCUGCAUCUCACGCUCGGCGUCAUGGCACUCUCGGGCGCGCAGCUCAGCAAUGUCGUUGCGGUGUUGGAGGGUCUGGAUCUCGCCGCGUUGCUGCGCGCAGCGACGACGACGGCGGCGCUAGAUCAACACACGCCCACGCCCACGCUCACGCUCACGCUCAGGGGGCUGCUGCCCAUGCACCUCCCCCGCGCGACGAGCGUGCUGUAUGCCGAGCCCGUGGAUGCGACGGGGCGGUUGGUGCGGUUUGGCGAGGGUGUGAGGAGCGCGUUUGAGGAGCGCGGGUGUGUUUGCAGAGACGCGAGGGCGUUGCGGGUGCAUGCUACGGUGCUGAAUACUGUUUAUGCGCGGCCGAAACGCGGGAAGAAGGCUGCGGGUAGUUCUGGAGAAGGGGCUGGUGGGGGGCUGAUGCAGGGCGUGGAUGGUGGGGUGGAGGAGGCGCAGGCAAGGGGAAGGGAUGAUCGUGGGGCGGAUGCACAGAGCUGGGGGAAAUUCGAUGCGUCGGGGUUGAUUGAGAAGUAUAGGGAUUUCGUCUGGGCGGAGGAUGUGAGGAUUGAUAGGGUGCAGAUAUGCAAGAUGGGAGCGCAGAAGAUUGUGGACGAAGAGACGGGGGAAGUCGUGGACGAGCGGUACGAGAUCGUUGCCGAGAAGACGAUGUAAUCACAAACAUCCUUCCUGUCAGUAUACAUAAACAAACGCUUCAUCGCACAGCCAUACACUCACCCCCCGCGCUCUAAACUGUCAAUCUCCUUCUCCAUCCUCCUCGUCUCCCCCUCAAGAUACCCUUUCCGCUUCGCCAACUCUCUGAUCCCCUUCUCUCCCGCCUGCUCGUACAGCCUCAAGCUCUGCUUCGCCAGCGCCUCUCUAUCCCUCAACGCCCUCUCGCCUGCACCCUGACUCUUCCUAAACUCCUUCAGCG